CCUCUCUCUCUCUCUCUCUCUCUCUCUGUGACUUUCCAUGGCGAGCGGGAUGAAGAUCGAAGGGGCGAUCGAAAUGGCGUCUAUAUGCGUCUCUAGGACAACGGAGUCUUUCAGGCAAAUCGAACUUUUCGCCGUCGACAGGCAACUCCGGUUGCCCGAGAAGGAGGGCACUAAAUCAGAUCCUUUGGAUGAUGCCGCUAAGGGCAUCGGCGAUCAGACUACGGGCGAGGCUUUUGAAGCGUCCAGUGAAGAGGUGUUCUAUGGCAUCACUCCCUCCCAAGUCCCAACCCAUACACUAUAUAAAGUGGUCCUACAUGCUGCGUCUUCCCAUUUGCAAUCUCCGUCCCCACCGGCUCGUCCCCCUCAAGGUGUUGCAUGGCGGCUCUAGCAAUCACAAAGAUGGAGAUAUGUCGGUAUUAUGAAUCUUCGAGCGGCUGCAUGAGGGGAGAGAGGUGCUAUUUUGCUCAUGGGGACGGGGAACUCCGACGUCCCAUAGAGGCGCACUUUCAGGAGGAACUAAAGAGAAAGAUCUUCAUCGGCGGACUCUCUCCUUCUGUUACUUCUGAUGUUCUCGGAGAAUUCUUCGAAAUCCAUUUUGGCCCCGUGAAGGACGCGGUAGUGAUCGGAAGCCAAGCCGGAGAGAACAUUCAUCCUCGUGGUUUCGGCUUCGUGACGUUCAAGAACGAGGAGUCCGUGGCUGCUGCCGUCGAGAUCCACUUCGUCACCAUACUCGGCAAGAAAGUGGAGAUCAAAGGAGCAGUACCCAAGUCCAUGAUCGGGAUAUCGUCGGCAGUGUCAUCUGAAAACGCCGCCAGCCUUUGGAAGCAGCUCCAACCUCAGCCGUUCCGGCAACUCUCUGUCGGGAUGGCCCUGGAAGAAGCAGACGGCAGCAGGAAGCAGUUGGUGUCGUGGGUCGACAAACUCAGGGACGGGAUACCGGUGGAUGCUGUCUCGAAUUUGUCGAAGCACGAAACUCCAUGGGUGAGGAAGUUCGUCAAGUGGCUUCCGGACUUUUUGGGAGAGGUGUAUAAGAGGCUCAAGGACGGGGAGUGUUACCCGCUGUCUUCUCUCAAGGGAGAUUUUAGGGCCACCUGCGGGAUGGAGCUCGAUCACGCGUCGCUUGGCUACCAGAAACUCAGCGACUUCGUCCGCUCGCUGACAGGAAUCUGCCGCAUGAAGAUCGUUCCCGUCGGAAGAGGCCCCGCCACUCACAUGGUUCUGCUCGAGCCGCACCACAGGCUUGAUAGGGACUCGCGCACGCCCACCACUGGCUUUGAGCCGGAAGGCUGCGACUACCAAUCGUAUGCUGACGCUCUUUACCACGGGGUUGCCAGACAUGAUGCGACGUCCAGGACAAGCAAGGAGGAGACGACGAACCUUGUGACCGGAGAUUGGUUCGGAGUGGCAGAAGAGAGGGGACUGCCAUCGGCAAAGAUGGCAGGGGCGGAGAUCGCGGAGGACGAGAACGAGAGGCUCCUCACGUUUCUGAGGAGUGAUGGUUCGGCUUUCACGCCGUGGCAACCUCCUGGUGACAAGUCGACGUGGGGGAGGCGCUUAUCCGCGUUCAGCUGGACCUUCCGAUCGUACUUCCAGACUUCUCCCAGGGACUUCUUGCUGGCUAAGAAACUUGAGGUCGAUUAAGGAGUAGCAAUUGUGUCAUGGGUGGGAGACUUUAUGCGGUAGGUUCUCAUUUCCUACUCUUUCUUCCAUUGUUUUUUGUCUCUGCACACGCAUCGCAAGGGCUCGCUGAAAUGAAGGAUCGACCUUCAUGGACCAAAGUGGGCAAAAAAGGGGUUGCUGCAGUGAGCUUGAUCAGCAGCAGGAAGGAAUCAACUUCUCGAUUUCCUUUUUCAUUUUCCGGCGGAACUACU